AUGCAUAUAUCUGCAGGAAAAAAAAGCAUUAAACAUAUAUAUCUUCAACUACUAGGUGAUCAACCAAGAACGCCAUGGAAGUGUUUGAUGUUUGGUAAUGCUGCAAGGCCAAAAGCUAAGUUCACGGUGUGGUUGGAAAUGCAGAAUAGACUACUUACUGCUGACAGAUUGAGCAAAUGGGGAAUGCAGGUAGAAAGCAAAUGCAACUUAUGUCAGAGAGAAGAGGAAACAAGAGUUCAUCUCUUUGUGGAGUGUGACUAUACAAAAACAAUGAUGCAAAAACUAAUGCACUGGACACAGAACCAAAAUAUAGUAGCAGCUACCUGGGAACAACAUGUAUAUGAGGUGAUCAAGAGAGCUAAAGGCAAGUCAAAGGAAGCUCAACUAUUCAAGAUGAUAUAUUCUAAAGUAGUACAUAGUAUAUGGAUAUAG